AUGUCAAAGAUUUAAGAAUUUAGCUUUAGAGAGUUCUUGUAUUAUCUUUAAGUGAACGAAGAGUUUUUUGAUUUUAUGGAAUAUCUUGAUCUAUAGUAAAGCGUUAAGAUAGAGAUAAAACUAUUGAAUAACCUAAAUGAAAUAAAUUAAACAAAAUUAAGUAACUUCAAAUAAUGGAAUCACUUUGGUAAUAAUUAAUUGUUAAGAAGCACACAUUUUCACAAAAUAUAUAAGAAAUUUAAAAACUACUGUUAAUCUAUUUAGUAGAAGUAUUUGAUACACAAGACUUAUCUGAUAGAAGAUUCGUAAUUAACUUAAGAUCUUCUAUCAAUAAUAUGUAUUUAUGCAGAUAAAUUAGGUAAGGAGAGUAAAGAGGCCUAUAGCAUAGUAAAAAAAGAAAUUAAUUACUUUCUUUAAGAAAAGAUUCUUUUUGAAGUAAGUAUAACUGAUAUUGAUCUUGAUAAUGGUAUUAUUUAUUUGGAAAUUUACUCCGAAAAUAAUAACUAUGUUGAAAAGAUAAAUUAAGUAAUCUAAGAUUAUGUAAAUCAAUUUGAAAUAGUGACUGUAAAGCCUUAAUCUAUAUAUGAGCCUUUUAUAGAGUAGCUUAGUCUUAAAUAAAAGUUCGCCUAUGUUAAAAUACUGAAGUUUUAAGAAUAAAAGGCUAUCUAAGAUAGUAAAUAAAUUGAAAAAUUAGAGUAAUAAUAGUAAAAGGAAAUUGAUAAAGAUCAUGAUGAUCUAAUCAGAAAUAGUGAGUAGAAGUAAGAUAAUAAUGAUUAGUCGAAUAAAGAAAGUGACUCAUAAAAAUAUGAAGAUUAUGAUGCAAUUGUAUUAAUGAGAAAAAGAAUAUAGAAAGAAGAGGUAGAAGAGGAAAAAAAUAAAGAAAACAUUACAAAAGAACUAAUAUAUUCUUAAGCAGAGGAAGGCGGUAAAUAAUAAUAAAAAUAAUUAUCAUUAAAGGAAAUAGGUAAAUUAAUUGAAGAAGAAAAUUGUGAUAGGUUUAGAUAGUUUGAUGAAUAUGAAAUAGAGAUUUUAGAUAAAAUAAUAUAUUUAGUAAAUGAGUUCCAAUUUGAUUAAAUGAUUUUCAAUAAAUACAAUGUAUUUAUUGAGAUUCAAGAAGAUUUAAUAAAUAUCUUUGGUGACAUAGAAGGAACCAAUUUAAUUGAUCAACUAGUCUAUCAGUUAAAAAACAACUCUUGCAUUGUUAUUAAAUCAAUUAACAUGCCCUGGAGCAAAAUUUAACAAAUGAAGCAAGACAUAGUUGAAUUAAAUUAAGAAUUUUAAAAUGAGGAAAAAACUUAAAUUAUUUUGUUAGACAUAACUUUAGAUGUCUAUUCGAAAUUAAUUGUACCGAUAAAAGACAAAGAGAAUAAAAACUAAGAUGAAGAAAAUUUUAAGAUCUCAUAUAUUAAUUUUAAAAAUUAACAUAGGGAUAUAUUUGAAGACAUAUUUAAAGAAAAAAGUAGAAGAAUUGAAAUUGAUUAAGAUGGUCUUUCAAACAUUUAAGAAGAAUUCUUAACUAAAAUUUGUAAAUUAGAUAUAAAAUAAAGCAAAUCCAACGGUUUUAUAGAGUUUGAAUGCACUCAAAGGAGGUUUGAUAAAUUUAGUCAAAGUUUUAAUGAUGCGAGGGAGGGUUUAAUGGUCAAAGAAGAUUUUGUGGCUCAUUAAAUUUUCUUCACCAUCUUCAGUUAAAAAUAAUAAAGAAAAAUAAUUAAAAUGCAAUCUAAGUAUAAAUUUUCUAUCGUUUUGGAAGCCUUAGAUGAUUCAAAUUAUAAUUAAAUUUGCUUAAUUUGUCCAAAGAAGAAAAAAGAAAAAAUAAAAUAAAAAAUUGAAAAAUACUUAAGAGAUAUAAAAAAAGAGGUUAGCGAAUUAAACUAUGAGCUGACAGAAGAUGACUUAGAAAUGUUUACCUAGAAGGGUGAUUAUCUCAUGCAAGAAGUAUUUUGUUCUAAUGAGUAAGAAUAAAGUGAUUAAUAGGAUGAGGAGGAAUUAUUAGAUAGAAAUUUAAAAAACAGUUAAAUUUAUUUGCAGUAUUAUUUGUCAGAUAUUAUUUAUGAAUUUAAAAAUAACUUAAUUGACCUAUAAAGAUUGAGGAGCAACCAGAUAAAUAAAGAUUUCAAGAUAAUUUUGUCUUAAAAUUAGAUAAAUAAAUACAAUGAAAGUUUAAAUUAACAGAUUAUAUAAAGGGAAAAUGUUCAGGUAUUUUAAAGAGAAAUAUCUAUAUAAAUGAUUUCUUUAUAAAGUUACGAGAUAGAAACAAAAAAUAUUCUAAAGGGGUCUGCUUCUUAGAAUUUAAUUAUACUAGAUCACUCAUAUGAGGAUCAUAAACUUAGGCUUGACGAAAUAUGUUGCUCAAAAAAGGAUAGGCUAGUGGGUUAUAUACAUAAGAAUGAAACCACCAAGUCAAAUUAAAUUGAGAACAAGUUUUUAGAUUUAAUUUAGUUGAAAUAAAAUUUAUCUCAAAUUAAAGAUUAGCAGCAAGUUCAUAUAAAAAUAAAGGAAAAAGAAUUUAACUAAGAUAUAGCUAAUGAAAACUCUUUAGUGUUAAUUGGUUAAAAUUUAGUUGAUUACUUUGAUAAUUUUGCAAAUCAAAACUAGUUUAAUUAGAUUAGAUAAGAAUUCUUUAAUGAUAUCUUCUUGAAUGCAAUUCUAAAUUAAAAUAAUAUACAUAUUAUGGUCAAUGACAAAGAAAUAAGAUCUUAAUUAAUUUAUUGUUUGCUUUAUACUUUGGAAAAUAGUUAUGUUUAAUCCUUAAAAGAAGAAGGUUUGCUAGUAAAAAUAUAUUUUAUUAAAAUAGACGAAGAUAAGCAAGAACGAGAUUUUCUCAAAAAAAUAAAUUCAAUUUAAAAUCUAUAAGAAUAACCUAAGCAAGGUAGGUAAAAUGACGUCUAGAAAGCUGAAGAAGAAAUUUAGAAUACACUUUAGAUAUUUAAGAAUCAUGAAAAGGCAUAAUCAGAAAAAUUUUUAAAUUAAGCGAUUGAAAAUGCAUAAUGGUAUUAUGUAAAAGAAAAAGAAGGCAAAAGCUAACAUUUAUAGUUUGAUUAAACAAACUGUUUAAUCAUUGAUUAUUUCUACAGAGAUUUUAUAAGAUAAAGAGAUGUAAAUUAGAAUGAAUCAGAAAAUAAAAUUUAUAAUUUUAUGUUUAGAGAAGAUUAAAACCCAACUACAAAUAAUUAAAUAAAAGAAAGAGAAGUUAGAAUAGACUUUUAGAAUGAAGAAGUUAUAAUAUAAUUUUUGAAUAUUUCUAUAAACUUUAAUUCAUUCUUCAAACUUUACCCUUAGCUGGAAUAAUUAAUAUAAGAAAUGAGGAAUGUUUUUAAAUCAAUAAAUAAUUAUAAUAUCAGUGAUAUUAUCUUACAUGCUACAGAAGAAUCAACAAAAAAUAAAACUAUUUAAGGUCUAAUUUUUGAAGAAGGAUUGUAUAAAAUUAUUUUUUAUAAAGAUAAAUAUUGGAUUGAAUCUGUCACUCAUCCUCACUUUCAAAAAGUAAAGGAAAAAAUCUAAAUUAAUAGAUAAGCCUUGAUAUCAGACUCAAAUUCAUGCUUUGGUAAUGAAGAGUAUAUGCACGAAAAAGUUCACAUCAAAUACAACUUUAAGCGUGAAGAUAAAAAAAAUUAAAGUGAAAAAUAUCAUUUAAAACUACUUGUUGAAAAGAAAGACUAUGAUAAAGCUAAGAAAAAUUUAGAAAUUUUCUUCAAAUUUAGGAGAACCACUUUUGAAAAAGCUAAACAAAACUAAAAAGAAAUGAGUAAAAAGGAAAAAUCAUUGACAUUUUUCUAUUACACUCCUAAACUGAGGAAAUUUUUGUUAUAAAUCUUUAAAAUGAAUAAAUACACUAUUAUUAAGCAUUAAUAGGAAGAAUGCUUCUAUAUUAUUACAUCUGACUCAAAGACUUCAAUUAAAAACUUUGAAAAAAAUGAAAUAAGCUAACUCUAAAAUUUCUACAAUGAAAAUUGGUUUGAAAUAUUGCAGGAAGCUUAAUAAAAACUAAAUAAAAAGGUUAUUUAACUCAAAAAUAACAGUUAUUUCUUGAACCAACUUUCAAGUAGCCAUACCUAAUUCCUUUGCCUAUUAAAAAAUUGGGAAAUUGUAGGAUUUAAGCCUUACUUCUUUUUAAUUUAAAGUGAAAAAAGUAUAUCAGAAUUUAAAAAAUUUUUAAAUUUAGAGAAUUCGAGUGAUCAGAUCAAGUUUAAUAUUGUUUCAAAAUAAACUUUAUUCAAAAUUGUUUCAAAAUAAACUUUAUAUGAAUACUUAGAAAGCUAUAAAUUUGAUCAAUAAAAAAAAGAAGGAAUAUAAAAUGACUUUUUAAAAGAAUUUAAAGAUUUAAACUUUGAUCCAAAAUAAUAAGAUAUAAAUAUCUUAGUAUUAAUAAAUAUUUUUGUAUAAAAAAAUAUCUAAGAAUAAAUAUAAAAUGAUAAAGAAAAAGAAAAAGAAAAAGAAAAAGAAAUAGUAUUAUAUGAAUACUAUUAGAUACCUUUGUUUUAUCUUUUAUUCUAAUAAUGA